ACCCAUCCAUCCACAGGCCAGCCGCAACUAGCUAGCAGACAACGUAAACACCAGGACAUCUUCGGGUAGAUCGAGCCAUUUCAGCAGUUUAACUUUAGUUUUCUUUGCCGCGGUUUAUUGGAGAAUAACUACACGAUGUGGUAGUUUAGCUAAAAGUCUUAUGGUCAGCCAUGUUUGCUGGGAUCUCGGAAGAACCAAGGCCUUGAAGUUGCCCUGCUAACGGAUGCCCAUGAUUCAGCUGGAGAAACCAGUACUGACUGGUACCAUGCCUGUGGUAUGGCCCACCAUCCUUGACCUGGGCAGGGAUGAGUGCAAAAGAAUUCUCCGCAAACUGGAGCUGGAGGCUUACGCUGGGGUUAUCAGUGCCCUGCGAGCCCAAGGAGACCUGACAAAGGACAAGAAGGAUCUGCUGGGAGAACUCACUAAAAUUCUUGGUAUCUCAACAGAGCGCCAUCGUGCAGAAGUCCGCAGGGCUGUCAAUGAUGAACGCCUCACCACCAUUGCAUAUCACAUGUCAGGUCCUAACAGCUCGUCUGAAUGGUCCAUUGAAGGACGCCGGCUUGUUCCCUUGAUGCCGAGGCUGGUCCCUCAGACAGCCUUUACUGUGACUGCUAAUGCUGUGGCCAGUGCCACAGCCAAUCAGAAUGCAUCCCUGCUGUUGCCAGCUGAAACGGGAAACAAAGAAGUGGUUGUAUGCUACUCCUACACAAGCACCACCUGCACCUCCACCAGCGCUACAGCGACCAGCGGCACCAUAGGAGCGACUGUGAAAUCACCAAGACCUCCCAGCCCUUCAUCCAACGUGGUGGUGCUGCCCAGCGGGAGCACGGUCUAUGUGAAAAGUGUGAGCUGUUCUGACGAGGACGAGAAGCCUCGCAAGCGACGGCGGACCAACUCGUCCAGCUCGUCACCGGUGAUGCUGAAGGAGGUUGCCAAGGUUACCCCGCCGGUAUCCAAGAACAUCGCAGUGCCGGUGAGCGGCAGCCCCAAGAUGAGCAACAUCAUGCAGAGCAUCGCCAACUCGCUGCCACCCCACUUGUCCCCCGUGAAGAUCACCUUCACCAAGCCUACCAUCCAGACUACCAACACCACCACGCAGAAGGUGAUCAUCGUGACGACUUCUCCCAGCUCCAACUUUGUGCCCAACAUCCUGUCCAAGUCUCACGCUCACAAUAACGCCGCUCUAUCCAAGCUGGUCUCCACCUCCAUUCUGACCACACCCUCCCAGAAACAGACGGUGGUCUUUCCAGCCAGCUCCAGCCCUUCUUCCAACACUAUCGCAGUGACCACAGUGGUCUCCUCUACGCCCUCAACAGUCAUGUCAACUGUAGCAACAUGUGCUGCUUCAGCUGCAGUGAAGGUGGCUUCAGCCAGACUUCCUUCCCCUAAGACCCUGGUGGGGUCACCGGCUCAGAUCCUGGCCCAGUUCCCCAAACAGCAGUCACCCAAACAGCUGCAGCAGGGCUCAUCUAUGGGAGCGUGUAGUGUGAGCCAGACCCAGACCACCUCCACCUCACCGGGCUCCAAGCCCACCAUUCAGAUCAAACAGGAGUCCGGGGUCAAGAUAAUCACUCAGCAGGUUCAGCCCAGCAAAAUCCUGCCCAAGCCUUCAUCAGUGGCGUUGUCCAGCAGCAGCUCGUCCCCCAUCAUGGUCGUCAGUAGCAACGGAGCCAUUAUGACCACCAAACUGGUCACUCAGCCCACAGCUACCCAGACCACCUAUACGAGACCGACUGUUAGCCCCAGCCUUGGUGCCAGAAUAUCAGCCUCCAGUGGUGGGACCACCUAUGUCAAGACCACCAGCGGCAGCAUCAUCACAGUGGUGCCAAAGUCUCUGGCCACUCUGGGUGGGAAGAUCAUCAGCAGUAACAUCGUCUCCGGCACAACGACUAAGAUCACCACCAUCCCCAUGACCUCCAAGCCAAAUGUCAUUGUGGUUCAGAAAACCACAGGGAAGGGGGCGACCAUCCAAGGACUACCUGGCAAGAACGUGGUCACCACACUUUUAAAUGCCGGGGGUGAGAAGGCCCUGCAGGCUGUUCAGGGGACAAAACCAGCGAUCAUCACUGCCUCCAGACCCAUUACCAAGAUGAUUGUCACCCAGCCCAAAGGCAUGAGCUCUGGAUCCCAGUCCACUGCCACCAAGAUCAUUCCAACAAAGAUCGUUUAUGGCCAGCAGGGCAAAACACAGGUUCUCAUCAAGCCCAAACCCGUCUUCCAGACGGCGGUGGUGAGCGAACAGACCCGGCAGCUGGUCACUGAGACGCUGCAGCAGGUGUCCCGCUCAGUAGACAUCGGGGGGCAGGGACAGACCUCAGGCCAGGAUGGGUCCACAAAGGACGAGCCAGGGGGCAGCUUAGCCAGCGAGGCCUCUCAUGGCAGCGCUCAAGAGCCUCAGCCUGUAGUGCAUGUGGUGUCCUCCAGAGAGCAGGAUUGGACAGAGCAGGAAAUAUCUGUUGAGUCCAGCCCCACUAUUAUCUACCAGGAGGUGUCUGGCGGGGAAUCCCAGUCCGCCACUUCCACCAUCAAAGCCCUGCUGGAGCUGCAACAGACAACAGUGAAGGAGAAGGGAGAGGCCAAACCCAGACAGCACACCAUCGACCUGAGCCAGAUGGCUGUGCCCAUCCAGCUGGCCCAGGAGAAGAAGCCCAGCCCGGAGUCCCCAAGGCCCUCCACCUCAGAGGCUGAGCCCAGCACUGAAUACGUCACAGCAGGUAAAGUCAUCAGCAGAGUGGGAGCACCUGCAGAGGACGACAACGUGGUCAUGUCCUCCACUCAGCAGCUGGGGAAGCCUUACAAAAUCAGCAGCCAGGUUACCAUGGUAACCAAACCGGCUGCUCCCAUCUCCUCUGCAGCCAUGUCCGCGUCACACAUCAGCCAGCCCUCUGACAGCCACGGUAAAACUGAGACUGUGUUAGAGGUGGGCGAGUUGGAAGGCGACACCUUGGACCCUCAGACGGGCUUGUUUUACCGCUCCAGCCAACCAGCCACAGAUCCCAUGAAGCAAACCACCCACUCCACAGCUGCUCAGCCGCCUCCCUCGAGCCAGGCAGAAGCCGAGCAGAGCCGGCACACCUCCGCCUCCAGCCAGCCACCGCCACAACUGCACAGCAAACCUCAAAUCAGCCAGCCUUCUUCUUCCUCCACUGCCUUCCCCUCCACUCUUGCUCUGACUAAGAAACUCCCAAAACUACGAGAGCAGAGUCAGCCCAAACCCCAGGCCUUAACCCAGAGCCCCAAAGACAGACCCCUGACUGCCCCAGCCCAAACUGGGGCAAAGGUCACGACCCCAGGCACACCAACCAAGCCCCUGUUGACACCGCAGCUACCGAAGCUCCAGCAAGCACCCACGUCCCACCACAGACCUCUGCACACACCCAUGUCCCACCCUCCUCCACUGCAGGCGCACCACCCUGUCAGCACCGAAAAGACUGCCUCCAGCCAGCAGCCAAUCAUCACACAGAGCGCCACCGUCACCAAGAUCACAUUUGGCAGCUCCCACCAUUCAUCGCCGGUCUUCAGCAGCGGCGAGGCCACUGCCAAACUGAUCCCCGAGUCCAGCUCCGGGCCCUCUGGAGACAAGCCCUCGGUGUCAGACAUCCUGAAGAUCUCCAUGAUGGAAGCGGAAAUCGAUCCGAGCACAGAGCCCAUGGUGGUGGAUUCUUCCAGCGACUGUGGCCCACUGGGAAAAGCCCUGGAGGUCCAGGCCGUGUCAGGCACGCUGGACUCGGGCCAGUUUAUAAGCAGCUCUGGGGCCUCAAUGCAUCACUCCCACACAAAGCCCCAGCAAUUCAGCUGCAUGCAGGGCCUCACAGCACAGAGGAGCAAAGAAGACCUAGAGGUCAUUGAGGUGAUUCCUCAGUACUCCAUCCUGCCGGACUCCAGCCAGUCUAACGUGGUGGUGGAGCCCAGCGGCUUCCUGGAGAUCACCAACUACACCAGCCAGCAGCUGGAGGAGGACAGCCCCAUGGAGCAGGAGGUGGACAGCAGCAACGAUGAGGCCACAGCGGCCAGUCCGCCCGACCAACCAUAGCCACUCUGUGCUGGAGACAUUGCCGGUUUACGGCCUCAGACUUGGCGGACAAAGAGUUUUGGCUGCAAAAGUUGCUUUCUGUUUUUGUGUAAAAUAUUAGUUUGUUUAUAAUAAGCAUUUUUCCCUCACCACAACUAAUGGCACAUGUGGUUUUUAUUGCCAGUGAGGAGCGCUGGAUGUAAAAUGUGGGAGCGAGGUGAAAGGAUUAGUUUUAGUGCAGCCCCGGACGGUUGGAAUCCCACCUCUCCAAACAGACUUUGUAAGACAUUCACACAUUCAUGAAAUUGAUUAUUUGGAAGGUAUGGCACUGUGCCUUGUGCCACUGUAUGUUCAGUAACAUACAGUCGUAUCAGACCACUGCAGGACUGCAUUUAUGUUUAAUGUCCAGAGUAUUUCAAAUACAUGUUCCCCAAUUUUUGUACUCUCCUGUUGAUGGACAUCUUCUUUUGAUGACCUGAAGGUUUUACCACCAGAUGAACAGUAUUUUCUUUGACUGAGGUGCAGCUUUGUAACUGUAAAACCUCUUAAAACGCUUAUGGGGUUUAAGUUUUCAGCAGAGAGAACAAAGCUGGAGCAGACUGAAAAUUGCUGCUUGGAACAUGAACCAGAAAAGAGUCCUGGAGGAAGGAUAACAUAUGUGUUACUGUUCAUUGUAACUGAUGUAAAAGAAAAAAAACAUUAAGCAGUGUACCUUUUUUGUAAGAUAAAUUCUGGAGUUCAAA